AAUAGUCCAUCAAAAUUUUCAAUUAUAAAGAGCUCGCAUGUCAUUAAUCUGUCAGUUUCUUUUAGUUAAUUUAUAACUAAAAAUGACAAGAACAAGGAAAAUCACUAAAAUAAACAUAGGAAUAAAUGUACCCAAUGAUGAUAGUGCAGAAAAUAUACUUGAUAAAAGUGUGGCUUACGCUAAUCUUCUCAAUAAAAGAACAGUAUGCAAUAACAAAAAUAAAAGAAUCAUUUUAACUUUAAAAAGAUAUCCCAAUUUAUCACUAAAAAAUUAUGGUCAUCUUUUUGAAGGAAAGACUUCCAAUAUAUCAACUCAAACUGAUAGUACAGAUGAACAAUUUGAAGAUAUCAACAAAGGUGAUGAGAGACAGUUGAAAUAUAAUUACUCUUUACUGAGAUUUUUUAAACGAAACCACAGGAACAGGGGUAGUAGCUACUUAGAUUCAAUACUGAAUCUUAGUUUACUCAAUUAUUUAUCAAAAAAUUACAAAAAGAAAGAAAUUCUUCACAGAAACAUUAUAAUUUCAUAUAAAACCGAAAAUAUGAUUAUACCAAAUACCUUGCAGUCAAAAAAGAAAAAACAUGCUAAGGUCAAGAAUAAAAGAAUUAAGAUUCAAACACAACAAAUUUUUGGAACAAAAUACCCAAAUAGAAAAUAUAAAAGUCAAUUUCAAUUAAAUAAAGUCAAAAGAAAAUCAAUUGAUACAGACAUGUUGAAGAACAAAGUUUAUAGUAAUUUUUAUCAUCAAUUAAUUGACAAAAUAGGGAACUAUGGCUUGUAUGAUGUAGUUAAAUGGUCUUCUAAACUUUUCAAAGUAUUUUUGGACUUGGGAGUAAGUUUGACUGAGAACUUCAAAAAAUUUUACAAAUAUAUUGACCAGAGAUGUCAGUCAUUCAAUAACAUGUGCAAUUGUCUUGGGUAUCGUCAAGAAAUCGACCACCUAGUUCGGAAAAUAAAUCAACUGGAAAGCAGAUUUAAUGAGUCUCAAUCCAAAAUUAAGGAACAGCAGAAUAGGUUUGAGACUACAGACGAUCUUGAUAAAAAAAUGGAAGAAUUAGAACUAAAAUUAGAGUCUUAUUACUCUUUAAAAUCAGAGUUGGCUGGUAUCAAGAAACAGUUGAAUGGUAGCUUUACUAAUAUUUCACCGCCUAUACCACCCCCUCUACCUCCACCACCUCCACCUUUACCCACAUUUUCUCAGACCAAAAUCAGCUCUUCCAAAAGUAUCUUGAAGGCUUUACAAAAAGAAAGAAAAUUGAACAACCAUGAGAAUUCUCGACCAAUUAUAACUUUAGAAGAUAUACUCAAUGUUAAAUUGAAGAAGAUUGCGGUUACGAGAAAUUAAAAAUGUACAUGUGGGUAAUUAAUUGAAAAAGUGAUGAACAUCUAGCCUAUUCUUGGAAAGAUUUGGAUGUUUUAUUUUAAAUAUCAUACUUUAUACUUUAUUUUAGAGAUAUUAAUACAUAAACAGCUAGAAAUUUUCAUAGCUAUUAUUGAAAUAAAUACAAUUUACUAA